UAUUUUUUAUUUGUGAGAAACGUUUGCUUUGCUUUGCUUUUCUUAUUUUUAUUCUUAUUAUUUAUUUUGCCAAUUGCACUUUGCACUCAUUUCUACAGACUUUACACUUAUUUAUUGUGUCCUGUUGUUGCCGACGACCCGCAAUUCUUGUACAUUAUUAUUUAUAAUUAUCCUGCACACAAUUUAUUAUCCAUUCAAUUCGACCGCUUUUCCUUUAAAUUUAUUCGGACAAAAUUGGGCAGCAACUGACAUAAAUUUACAACCCCGCGCUGCCUCCCUCGAUCGGACGUCACUACUUUCAGCCAAAAAAAACAUUAAAACUUUGAAUCACUUGUCACAAUCAUGGGCGAAGAGGGCGAGCAGCAGCACAAAACAAUGAUAAAGCAGCUGACAGACCUGGACGACCAUGCUCUGGACGAGCAAGCAGGUCUGUUUAUGCAUCCCCGACGCAAGUCGCUCCGGUCCGAACCUACUCCGCGGCCGCUAUCCCAGCCGUUCUUUCAGCCGCUGCAUGUGUUUCCCGACGUGCUCAGCGUCAGUGCUAUGGUAGAAAGGCAAGAGCAGAAGGAGCAGAAAGAACAGAAGGAGCAGAAAGAACAGAAAGACCACAAGGAGCAGCAGCAGAGAGACAUCAGUGAGGCACACGUUGGAGUUUCAGAAAAUAAGUCCUCUGCCACAAUAUCCAGCUUGAAUUUUAACAAUGCGCAGGAUGCAGGACCGAACGCAUCUAUUGCACAGUACCCGCAGAGCCUUGCGUUGCAGACAUCAAAAGCCAGCGCGUCUUUUAAUACCAGUGCCAGUGGAGUGCCGUCGGCAACUAAUGUGGGGCCAGAGGCCUCUGGCGGUAACUCGCUGACAGCACCUCCUAUUAGCCCCGUUGCAAAGCCCCGGAUGGGUCUGCGUAGUGUGUCACUGACGCGCAUAGCUGGCGAGCGCCUUGAUUUUUCUGGGAAUUUAGCCAGUGCUGCCAACAAAUCCGGCGGCAGUGGCAAUGUGUCGGGGCGUGACGGUGCCCCCGGUGCAGACUAUGCGCGCAGCGGAAAGCCAGGGGUAGUUGGCAGCUUUACCACUCGGGCGACAGAUUCGCCAAUGCAUCCUUCACAGAUACUGCGCGUGGGCACGCCGAUCGAAACACCGACAGAAGAGGGUGAUCGCCAGCUCAGUGUUGAGACCAGCAAGGCCAGUAAGGCCGCCGGCAAGCGGGCCACAAACAAGCGCAGUGGCAACGACCGCAACACGUCUGCAAAAGCCGGGCGGCUAUUUGUGCGCCGCGCCAAUGCAUCGAGCCGCGGCAGUGAAGAGGAGAACUCUGACAACGACGAUGAGCAGUUCAUCUACCGCAACUCGCGCAGCAGCCUGCAUGUGAGCUCGAUCCCCGAGGAUGCCUACGAGGAUCGGGAGUUUGUUGGGCCCACUAAGCGCCGUACCAACCGCCACCGCCUGUCGACGUACCUCGGGAGCGUCGAGCGUCGCGACAGCUCAAGCAUGAACGGCGCAAUGUCUGCCGGCAGCUUUAACCAGGCGUACAGUUCGAGUGCCACGGCGCAGGGUGCUGGCAACACGGCGCAUUCGAGCAGCAUCAACAACAGCCUGGGCGGUUACACGGCGGGCGCGGUGCCCGGUGGUAGCAGGGUGUCAGGGAGGCGGCCCGGGCGGGCUAUGCGAGGCGGGGUGAAUAGCGCCAGCGUCAACGUGGGCGUGGGGUCCAACAGCGCAGGUACUGGCCAUCGUUUCAGCAUCCUGACGCAGUCAAACAACGACUAUGGUGGCGCGACUAGCGAGGAGAGCGACAUGGACGGCGAGCCCGCCGGCCUGCGGUCGACGUACAACAACCAGUACUCGCGUCGCAACAGCCGCCGGUUCCAACCAAACGUCUACUACGGAUCUUCUGAGGACAUGCCCGAGACGACCCCGCUGUUCCGGCGGCACUACAACCAGCAGCGGAAGCGUAAGAGCACAGUAGCGCAAGUGCUCCGGGUCAUUCUGCUGACAGCGCUACUGCUGGCGUCGCUGUUUGUCCUGAUGGUUUUGUUUAACUUUACGUCAGCGCCACUGGUUGACGUCGAGGCCAUCCGGGUGUCGAACAUUCUCGCCACCGAGAAGGAGCUUCUGUUUAUCCUGCACAUACAAUCGACCAACCCGAAUAUCCGCGAGGUGCUGGUGGAGCGCGCCGAGAUCAGCGUGUUUGCAGCCGCAGCCGUGAGCAAUGGCACGUCAUUCUCGUCAAAUACAUUGAUCAUUGGUCAUACAGCGACUACUGGAAACGAGACUGGACCGGCAAUUCUGCUGGGCAACGUGUAUGAGUUGAGCGACCCGAUGCGGUUUGCGCCCGGAACGUUGCAGAAGCCCGCGACCGAUCUCAAAACAACUCAAAUCAGCAUCCACCACCCGGGCGCGACACUCGGAAACGGCGACACCGAUGACGACAACUCGGACGCGUCCAAAUGGAAGCAGUUGUUAAAGGGCCCCUAUGACCUGACUAUCCGUGGCACGCUGCAGUACACGCUGUGGCAGCGGAACUAUGCGGCACGCAUAUGUAUUGCCAAACUGGCUAACUUACCGCCGGAAAAUUCGACUAGCGGCAUUAUCUCAUACUCCACGGCUGCCGGACUGGGCUGCAACGAGGGUGAUGACGACGAUGGAACCAUUAUAUUGCCACAGCCGCCUGCACCGCCAUUUUUCGUACUAGCUAUGCGACGGUUGUUCGGUCGCGUCUGACAUAAAUUAUUUAUUUUGUUUGGCGUCUGGGUGGCGUCAUUUGCGGAACCUAAUUAAAAAUAUGUUAUUAGUUGAUAUCCCGCUUUAUUAGUGAUAAUGUAUAAGGUUGUAGAUACA